AUGAACAACACCGUGCGCGUCGAAGAAAACAUUUAUUUCGAUAUGGAAGUGAAAAGCGAAACUUGCGCAGGUGUUUAUGAGAAUAUCGUAGGCGAAGGUUCAGUGCCUGCAAUAAAACAAACAGCCUUUGAGAAGCAGGGGAAUGAGAAGAAAAGGGUUCCAAGACAAGCCACUCGUAACCGCCACACUCAGCCAGAUCCAGGGGUGGUUAAGCGACUGUUGUGUAUAAUCAUCGCUGUUGUUGCUGUUUUCUUUCUGAUCGCUGCUGCUACUUUGAUUUUAGCAGUGUUGGUGAUGAUGUUUCACACGGCUAAAACCGCCUCAGGAGAUUUUGCCUCAGUUCAAGGUAAGUCCAAUGGCCAGAUUUUGAACUUUUUUCGGUGUGAAUUCAUUGAAAGGUUAGUGGGAUAAAGACUUAAAGUCUUAGUUGUGUAGAAGAAAGGUCAGAGAGGAAAGUAGGAAAAGCCAUCUGCAGACACCUCCCUCUUUACUCCCUAUUGACGCCUUCGCCUGCUGCGCCUUCAACCGCAGUUGAAAAGUUUAUAUGAAUUCACCGUUCAUUUUCUCUUCGUUACCUCUGGCCACAGGCCUCCGGUGUUACGUUUCAAUAUCAACUUAACAUAUAACAAAACGAUCCUUGCACGUACGUCGCUAUGAAUAUUUCGAUGCACCAAUAGAUUCGUUUCCGUGUCAAAAAACUGUUAGUUUGGAUAAAAUAACAAGGGUGAAACUGUUCAUGACACCUUACCCGGCUGAUAUCGCCAUCAGGGUUUCCGUAAGAGACACCUUAAACGUGCAAACAGGACAUUUAUUAUUUAUCUACUUUAACUUUUUAAUCCAUGAUAUCGUUCUUAAAUAGGAAGCACUUGAACAUCUUGUAACAGGUGGCUAGUAAAACGUGAAUUUUAUUUAUGGGAUAACGUUUACAAGUGCAGCUUCGUGCUCUUACAGGUUUAAUAUUAUUCCACCAGGUAAUCAACUUUGUUAACUUUCUGCAGGACGAUUACAACUUUGUUUACUCUCUCUGUGUAUAAACUAGAGGUUGACGUACCAUGACCCUGGCUGAUAUUUAGGGACGUGAGUGAAUAACAUUAGCUCAUUGAUCCCUCCAGCUGAAAAGUUUUCUCCGCCCUGCAAGUGCAUCGACCCAGGCAUAACUUUAUCUUCCAAGAUCUCAAUUAUCUUCGGCGAGUUCAAAGUCAUGACUCCCAAAUUAAUUCACAUGGAUUACAUUGUGUACCCACAAUACAAGAUCUAUUACACUAACUUUAAUUGAACUUUGUUACGACUUAAAACUGGGAAAAACGAUUAAGUGAAUCCUAGAUAACCAAAAAAUUGUUAGUGUAUAACUAUGGCAAAUGACAAUAUUUAAAAAAUGAAAGUUAAUUGACAAAACGUGUACUGGCCAAUUGCCAGCGUCUGUUGAAAUUAAUCCCUGUUUUUAUUUGGUAAUAAUUGAUACUCAAGAAUGAGUGGUGGUUAUAGAUCCAUCGCCGCAACUGGCAGUAAAACAACAAACCAAGGCCACAAACUACUCAUGCACAUUCGUGGAAGACUUACAUUAACUUUUGUUUUCCUAGUCUGCCAAUCUUAUUCAAUUCACAAACGACAUUCUCUUUUUCAGUUGUUUUUUUCAAAUCUCACAUAAUAAACUCGGUGUUUUGAUUUCAAAUGCCCCAGGGAAGACUGUAUAUUCCCUAUCAGAAGAGAAUAUGAAAACCAAAACUUCUGCAAACAGAGUGUAUUGGGGAGUUCGAAAAUAGCCAGUUUCAAUUAUAAAUUACCUUGCAUUUUCUACCCUUUCACAACAAGCAACUGUAACAGUCAUGCCGCUUUAAUACUAUUACCUGUUCCGCGUGAGUUAAUAAGUAUAAGUUGUAGUUGAAAGAAAUGACGUGCGUAUAUUCACAUGUACAGUUACUUACAUAACUUUAAAUUGUUUACAUCGAUAAUUCAGAGGAAUUCCAUCUAGCCGCGACCAUUGUAUAUAUUGUAUCGGGUAUGUUACAAUUUACGCCUAUAAACAAAACGUUAUGUCUGUUCCGGCUGUUAUAUAAUAGCACACGUGAUUCAUGAACACGUGGAAACAAAAUGGAAGUUAUGGAGCGGGGCGGGGGUGGGGUGGGGAAUUUUCGAGUCGCAGGAAUUUCUUUUUCGUUAUAAAAUUCCUCGUAUGAAUUUCUUUAGGCCAUGGUAUGAAUAUUUUUUAGGGUUAAUUGGCGUGCAUGAAUUUUUUUUCAUUUAAUUUUCCCUUGCGCGAAAUUUUUUUUUGUGCUUCGUCGGUCCCUAAAGGGCUAUGUUACGCUAAUUGCUAUCUUUUAAAAAGCUAAAACUCUUUAGCUAGCCUGCUUUGCAGCCGGCCCACGUAUCGCGUGUUGUAUUGAUUGAUAUAGGAAGCUCCAAAUAGAAGGUUUAGAGUGUCUGCGAUGCAGGCUAAAACUGGCACAAAUUAAAUUCAAGUUGGUCAAGUUGGUCCAGUUUUAUUAUUCAAGACUUUACUUAGGCAUCUUUGCCCACGGAUGGAAAAGAUGGACAUGGAGUAAAACUUGAAAAAGUUAGAUCAUUUGUGCCUGCAAAAACCAGCCAAAAGUAUUAUGGUUAAUGCUCGCUGAUAAGUAAACAUUUUGUGUAUGGGAAAAGUCACUUAGUUAUUAAUGUCAGUUACCAAAUAUUCGAUUUUAAAAAUGAAUUCAGUAGAGUAAAUCGGUUCGACUCUGUUCGGAAUAGCGCGAUCCAUCCCACGAAAAUUUCCGGAGAUAGUGUCGUUCCAUAUAGAUCGUUUGGAGGACUGGUGCGAUCGAAAUUGAUCAGCUACAGGUUCCAUUUGAACAUUCCCGCUUCAGUUCCAAACAUUGCGGAGAUUUCGCCCAAAGGUUGAUUGGAAAAGAAUCUUACGGUUUCGGUGACCCGCACUAAAACCCUAGGUUUGUUGAUGGCGAUUUCAUCCUUCGCUUGAAUCUUUGCCGGCCUGCAAGUCGACCGUGAAAAAUUUCGCAGCGAGAGAACAAAAAACAAAUUGGUAUCUAUGCCAGUUGAAUGGGUGCGAUUUUACUAACCGACGGCUUAGGAGGACAGGAUCAGGAGCUAAUAAUAUAACGGUCAGAAGUCACGUUUCAUAAAAUUACGGAAAUGUCCGCCGGAAAUGUUGGUUAAUAAGAUUAAAUUCCAUCAAAAGUUCUGUUUUUAUAGCCCUCCCCUUUCUUCUAAUGCUUAAUUUUAAACUCCAAGUUAGGAUUCUCCAGACGCCAAGCGAUACCUCCUUAUAAGGGUCACACGGGUAAUUAUGGUGCCCCUUCCUGUAGAAGUAAAAGGGUUUUUUGUAUGGGAUAAGGUACGAAAAUCAUAGGUUUGAAUCGCCCCAUGUACAGUGCUCAGAAUUCCAGUAGAUUUUUGCUUGUGAAAUCUGGUAUCCUGGGCCGGACUUUGGAAUCCUUAAUUCAGCGCAAGGAAUCCGAAUUCGGAAUUCCGCUAAGGAUUGUAAUCCGGAAUCCAAAGUGUAGAGUCCAGAAUCCAAGACUCUCUUGGAAUACCUACAUAGGGCUAUUUGGAUCAUUUAUGGGAAAUCGAUUAACAGUCAAAGAUCUGCGGUUUCUAAGUUUUAAUUUUAUUAAAUACACCAAACGGCUAUUUCUAACUGAACGGUAAAAGAAACUUCUCCUAAUCACCAUCUGGCGCAAUUAUGUCUUCCUUACAAACGGUAGCGCUUGAAAGGUCAACUAGAGUUCUACUUGAUAAGGACAGAGGUCUUAAUCAGUUUGACGAACAGACCCUUCCGAGGUCUUUUUUUUUUUUUACUGUUUUGAUAAGGACCAGUUAGCGAAUGUCCAUCAUCACUACUGGAAACAGCGCCUUUAAAAUUAGUAAACUUGCCAAGUUUGAAAGUGAUACGUCAGAUGCGGGCGAAGAUAUAGCUUCAACAACAACGAGCUUCACAAAGUCCUGAAAUUUUAUAGGUGUUUCUCAAGUGAAUCAUGGAGGGCAUAAACUUGCCUCCCAUCAUAUAAACGUCUUCUAAUUUUCGUGACUUUACGGAGCUAUUAAUCGUCGUUAGUUUUCAACAAAUCACUCUCAAACUUGUCAAGUUUACCAAUAAGAAUGUCGAUGGAUUUCGAUGGAUUUCGCCAGCAGGUUCAUGUUAAAAGUUGAAAAAGCCGCCGUGGAAGGGACUGUUAUUUCACACUUUAAGUUAAAAGUGUUCCUGCUCUUUUGCGGGCUUUUUUUUUUUUUUUUUUUUUUUUUUUGUUAAUUUAAUUCACUGGAGAAAUGUUUGACCUCUUCCUAUCAUAACAAAAAAUUUUCUCUCUCCUUUUCUUUUAUGUUAUUCCCCACACGUCACUAACAGCUGAAUUGGAGGAACUGAAGCAAAAUGUUUCUCGCAUGGCCAGUGAUUCAAAGGUAAGUUAAAACUGCAAUUAUACGUACUGGAGUAAACAGAAUAUAUUUGAAAAUCACUGAUGAUAGUUAGAUGUUUAGACUGGUUGUUCAGUUGAUUGGGCGAUUCUAUUUUUGUACGUUGGUGAGUGAGUUGGUCGCCUUGUACUCUAGACAGUUUGCUAUUGGGCUAGACUGGUUGGUCUGUAGGCUAUCAGAGUCCUAUCACUAUAAUUGUCUGAUAUGUAGUUUAUUUUUAAGAAUCUAAUAUUCUUCAGCUGGUAACUUUUCCUUCUUUCUAAAGGAGAAAAUUAAAGUGCUUCUCCAACACAUAGAAAGAAACAGAGAGGAGGUGGCCAAGCUAAAUAAAAAGGUAAUUUCAAAGACACAUGAAGGUAGAUUUGGACGCCAUUUAUUAUGCUCUCAUGAACGCUUCAUGCAUGAGGUAAUGACCAUUUUCUUUUUUUACUGCAAGCAAACUUUGCUACAGGUUGUGCUCUCUAAAUCCCCGGUAGCCGACCAUCCUCUGAUCCUUUUGAUUUAGAUAGUAACUUAAUUUAGAUAAUGCCUGGCGUUUUCAAAGUUUAAGGGAGCUGUGAACUUUGAGGGGCUUUGCUUGUUGGUUAACUGGGUACGUCUAGUCACCUGAUGAGCCUUAGUCAUAUUAGUAAUGGGGUGUGUAAAGUACUUUGUUACAUCGACGUUCAAAACGACGCUGCUCAUUAUUUUCUUUUUGUUUCCAUCAGUAUAAUGUGACAGCGCUUUGGCAAGAAACACACACCAACAGAGAGGGUGUAAAACAGAUCAUUGAAAAGGUACUUGGAAAACUGACACUGAUACAAUACAUUCAAACCUUACAUUUGGCCGCCAUACUUGAGAAAUGGCUAAAUCACCACUUCAUACAGUUGGACUGUUAACUAAAAGAUGAGAAUGAAGAGGAAGCGAGAGUAACCGUUCAAUAGACUGAGUUCGCUUUAUAGAUCUUUAUACAAGUUUGACAGUAUUUUUUAAAAGAAUUCAUCUCCGAAGGUGAAAAUUAAAAGAACUCAAAUUUUUGUCUUGAAAACAUUAGGAAAACAUGACGGCGCUUUGGCAAAUGGUUCAAGCAAACAGGAAAAACAUAGAACAGCUGCAUCAAAAGGUAACUUCAAGUUGCACAUUUGCUACGAGUUAGAAUCCUUCAGGGCCAUAAAAACUGACUUUAGUUGCUACUAAUUUCGUUAGCAUACCGUGCCAUAUAUGACCUAAAAGAGGUAUGUGUUCAUGUCAAGGGUGGAGUUUUAAUACCAAAGGUUACCACAGUUGAACCUCUAUUAGGCGGCCAGUAUCCAAAGUCCCGAAAUAACUGAAGAACAGAAUGAGGAAUUAUAGCUCCAUGACGCUGCCUCUCUUAUAAGCUGCCGAGGCCAAUUUUUGGCCGUCCCAAGAAGAGUUCUUCCACUGUUUUCACCUCUCUUAAGCGACCACCAAGCGAUGAUACACUUAGUUUGGCUUGGUCUUAAGAAUAUCAUGCCCGAAAAUGAAGUCCGAAGUACAAGGUAAUUACCAGCUGUGGACCAGUAAUACUGCUCUCGUCGUGUGUUUGUUUUAAAAUACACUGUAAAAUGAUGUUUCUGCUAAAGAAUAUUCUAGUAUAUGACGAACCUCCAUCGAGCGAGGGUGGCCGCUCUAUAGAGGUUGAACUUUUGCAUUUAUAAAUAAUUAUCAGUGGAAUGAAUAAUUAGAGCUCCUAGUUUAUAGUAAGUCUGGAUAGGGCAGAGAAUUUCGGCGAAUAUUCCACCAGAAAUUAAGGUGGCAGAAUCGCAAUUCAACCUGGUCGUUUAGUACACAUUCCAACCAAAAAAUCCGCCCUCUCACAACGACUGAUAUUUUUCUCUCUUCCUGUCAGAAAAACAUGACAAUGCUGAGGCAACUGGUACAAAAAAACAGAGUAAAUAUACAACAGCUGCGUCAAAAGGUAAGAUCUUUGAUGGAAUCCUUCGGUGAACAGGCCAAAAAAUGCACAAUUGCAAGUCAGUUUACAAUUUAAUUUACUUGGGUUCUCUUGCUGUAGUUAGUACCUCUGUCCGAUGCAUUUUUUUAGAGAGGCAUGGGCCUUCAGUCUUUAGUUGUUGCAAACUGAUCAAUUGAUUAUUACUGUUGAGUUUAAGUGACCCACAAGGGUAUUUCUGGCCCCCCUACUUUUCGUCAUCUUUGCGUCCAAGCUAUUCACGGAAAGUAUGUUUUAACAUUCCCUUCAUAAGAGGCCUGGUCAACUACAGAAAUUGAUUAGUCAUUAAUCUUUUCGUUGGUUUCAAAUCCAUUAUAAGCUUCUUUAUUUACAUUGUGUUCAUAACUGUUUUUUGUACGUAGGUGAUGAACAUAAGUGAACGUCAAGGUCCUAGGGGGGCCGUUGGACCGGCUGGUCCCUCGGGUCCCCCGGGAUACAAUGGCACCCAGGGCCGUCCCGGUGAUACAGGGCCACGUGGACCGUCUGGUUCCGGCAAUCUGACGCAAUGUUCUCACAAGAAAAAGGGCAGUUCCCCGGUUUCAGCAGGAUUUCAUGCUCAAAUAGCGGUCACCGCGAAAGAAACAAAGGUGGGAAUUUCAACAACUAUAGUCUGAUUAUUUUAACGUCUCAGUUUUCCAGGGGAAAAAUAGGCCCAAAAUAGCAGUAACCAAAGGUUAGGAAGUGUGGGCGAACAUGUGGGAAUACCUUAUGGGGUGCAUGUCCUUUGUAACAUUACCGCUCUUUCUCGACUUCCAACUUCUCAGCAUGCAGCUGGAAAUGCAGCAUCAGCACCUUGGAAAACGCUGAUGGUGCAGUCAUGUAGUAGUGUACUGUUCACGUGAGCAGACAGAGCUGAACAACGUCUGCGCAUGUGCAGAUACGGGAGAGGUUUGGAAUCUAAGCUAGUAUCGUUUACAAAACAUCAUCACAUUUUGGCGAUUUUUAAGGUGGAUUCUGAAUAUUUAAGGUUCCCAUUUAAACUAAAGGUAGUUUAUUUCAUACUUCGUUCAAUUCUCGUUUAUAGUUUUGUAAUUCUUUUCUUAUACUUUUUUCUAUGAACAAAAGAAGACGCACAAACGAAGCGUCUCUGCUAAAUUAGUAUCGUUUGCAAAAGGAUUUUCUAAACAUCCUCAAAUUUUGGGGAAUUUUAAGGAGGAUUCUGAAUAUUUAAGGUUCCCAUUUAAAGUAAAGGUAGAUUAUUAGAUCAUACAUACGUUAUAGCCUACUAGUAGAGAAACGCGCGGGCUUUUUGGCGGCAAAAAGGGAUUAAAAGUCUAGCUUUAACUAGCUUAAUUUUUUUUAUUCUCUAUAUUUUUGACCAACUAGUUGGAUAUUACUAAAACAAUUAUUCCUAUCGCCCUCAUGGGCUAUUGACUCAGAGCCCAUUCGGGCUCGAGAAAUAACUGUUAACUAUAGCUAUGGGGAUAAGAGACAAACUGCCAAAACAAAUUUAGAGGGGAUAAGGGAUAGCUGCAAAAUAUUUCUAUUUCGUGGCAAAAUCAUGUAUUUAAAUAGGCAUCAGGGAGUUUAAGAUCCAACGACGCGGACGACAACUAGAACGUCAAAAAAACAAUAGGUUUAAUUAGCAAAACAACAACUUCGCACGUGCAACACACUUUUUGUUCAUUUCUUUCCCGUUUUUGCACGACUACGACGUGAAAAUGCCUAAUUUCGCGUUUUAUGGAGGACGUAAACAAGCAACGACGAAAUUUUAUUUCUCUUUCUGAGCUUGAAUAUGGUCCCUUGAAAUUCAGCUUCAGGAGGGUUCGCCUACAAUUGACAAAGUAAGUGGGUAGGAAUAAUCACUAUAAAGACUGAAAAAACUCAAAUUCACUUUUUAAGCGACGUUCUUGUCGCCGUCGCGCCGUUGGAUCUUAAAGUCCCUAUUGUGAGAAAGCUAUCGUUAGCGUGUAAUGUCGUGCAGACGUUGAGAACCUACAACUUACUUUUGCCUUGAUUCAUUUUUUGCUGUAGGGAUAUAAAUUCCUUGGUGUGAACUGUGACACAAAUGAUGCAAACGUUGUGCAGCUCUCAAGCACACCGCUUUCAAAUGGUUUAAGACAAUACAGGUGUUUUUGUAAAGGUUCUGUUAGUCUUAAAGUAGGAGACACUAACAACAACAACAAGAACUUGCACUGUUACAUUCACUUCUGGGAAUGUCCAGUCUGACUUGGAUAGAGAGAACUUGGACACACUGCGCAGCAAACAUAUCAACGAAGACAAGAAAAGCUUGAAGCCUUUGAAAUGCUGAUGAAACUGACUCUCUACUUUUACAUUUAAUGUUUUCUAGUCUACCUUUUGGAGAUGAAUUAAGGUCGAGAACAACAUAAGUAACUUCUGACGAUGAAACUGUUAAGCUCUAUUCCAAAUACGCCUUCUCUCUCCCUCAUUAAACCACGACAAAAAUACGACGCGGGUUAAUAAACCUAAGACAGUCUCUUUCUUUUACAGACUACUGUGUCGUAAGCGACCGGCCAUCAGAAAUCACAUUUUAUCUAUCUCCUUAUAUGUAGGUGCUGGGGUUUACCUAAUUUUGUACCUUACACAUUGCUUCAGUUUUGCUACUAACUCAAUUCCACUUAAAACCUUAAUGAUUGUGAGGGAAUAAAUGAUCUCCAUCAGAUUUCUUUUUCGACUUGCUCCCCUGCGAAAACAUUUUAACCCUUUAAGUACCAACAUCAAUUUUCUCCCGCUGAUAUCCAUACAUGGUCAAGAGACUAGGUUAUGAGAAUUAAUAAACUGACCAAAGAGAAAAUGCCUUGAUCUUUUACCAAAUUCUCUCAACACAUUCCUUAAUAAAAUGUAUAGAGAUCAGUUUGGAGAAUUUGUUUGUGUAUGUUGGGGCUUAAAGGGUUAAUGUCACCUCCCAUAGAUGCCAGUCUCCUUUAGCAAGCGUAUCUGAUUCGACUGUGGUUCGUCGCUUACCGUAACAACAGUUAACUACAUGGUGUAACGCGUUUAAGAGAAAAAAAAGUAGAAUGUGUACCAGAUGUAAGUAGUAAAAGUAACUUGUUAAAACUUGUGACCAGUUCGGGCAUGCGUCAUUCAAAGAACCUGCUGGAGGUGUCUCCACAAACAUUCGUGUUGGACACUGUGUCGCCCACCAGUGACCAAAAUCAAAAUAUUUAUAUGAAAAAUGUAUACUACAGUAACGUUUUAAGUGAUCUAUUCUCCACAACAAUAACUGUAUUCGCUUUUGUACUUGAUGUAAUUACUAUGUUUUAGACUUUUCUCAGCUUCAAAAAAGUGAGGAUAAACAAAGCAAUGACAGCUAAACUGCUCUGCGUGUGCGUUUUAGAAAACUCCUUUUAUUUUCCCACAAACAAAGACUGACUUCACUCACCAGUCAUUUGCAUUCGCUGUUGUGAUUGGUGAAAUUCCCAAAUGAUGUAAGAUUGGAGAAAAAUGUCCCUAAAAAAAUUCUGACGUCGUCCGUAAC